CUUUUAAAUAGAUACAAAAAUUAACUUAGAACCAGUAGAUAAACUUUGACCACCAAAAUACAUUAACCACAACUAACUAACUAACAAACAAUCACCACCACCGGAAAAAAUGCUAAACCGUCGUAAACCACCGAACAACCUAAUCGCAACAACACUAUUAAUGGCCUUCUUCAUCCUGACAACAACCGUAACAGUAACAUCCGCCCGUCCAUUUGUGCUCGUCUUAUCACAAGACGAUCUAAAAGACGGUCCGAUCGACGACACGUCAGCAAUCACCGAGGAAGACCCGAAUUCCGUCACCGAUUGGGACGAGUUUGGCGAAUCAGAUAACAAAUCCGACGACGAAUUAGAUCCUGGCACGUGGCGUCCUAUUUUCGAACCUAAUAAUAAUAUUAAUAUCGAAAUUAAUAAUAAUGAGAAUAAUGAUAAUGAUUAUUAUUUAGUUGUUAGGAAGUUAGUUGAGGCGGUUAGUGGCGGUGGUGAAAGUAGUGUGAGGGUUGAUGACGUGGCGGUGGAGAUUGAGAAAAUGGCCGAGAAAAGCGGUGAUCCAAAUGUGCUGUCUUUGUUAGGGUUUUUGUAUAAUUAUGGGAUUGGGAAAGAGAAGAAUGGUGGUAAGGCUUUUAUGUAUCAUUAUUUCGCAAGUCAGGGAGGGAAUAUGCAGUCGAAAAUGGCGUUAGCUUAUACGUAUUCUCGACAAGAGCUAUAUGAGAAAGCAGUAUUAUUGUAUGCGGAGCUAGCUGAAGCAGCUGUUAAUAGUUUCCUGAUCUCAAGAGACUCUCCAGUAAUUGAGCCAGUUAGAAUUCACAGUGGAGCAGAGGAGAACAAAGAGGCUCUCAGGAAAUCCAGAGGGGAGGAAGAUGAGGACUUCCAGAUCUUGGAAUACCAAGCCCAGAAAGGAAAUUCUGUGGCUAUGUAUAGGAUUGGCAUAUUUUACUACUUUGGAUUAAGAGGAGUGAGGCGUGAUCAUGCCAAGGCAUUGUCGUGGUUUUCGAAGGCUGUGGAUAAGGGUGAACCUCGGUCCAUGGAGCUUCUCGGGGAAAUUUAUGCAAGAGGUGCCGGAGUCAAGCGUAACUACACAAAGGCUCUUGAAUGGCUCACCCUAGCAUCCAAACAGCAACUUUAUUCAGCUUACAAUGGGAUGGGAUAUUUAUACGUCAAGGGUUAUGGAGUGGAACAAAAGAACAACACAAAAGCGAAAGAAUACUUUGAGAAGGCCGCUGAAAAUGAGGAAGCCGGUGGCCAUUACAACUUGGGUGUAAUGUAUCUCAAAGGUAUUGGGGUGAAGAAAGAUGUGAAACUGGCUUGCAAGUAUUUCAUAGUAGCAGCUAAUGCUGGUCAACCCAAAGCAUUUUACCAGUUGGCGAAGAUGUUCCACACUGGUAUUGGGCUAAAGAAGAAUCUUCCAAUGGCCACAUCUUUGUAUAAAUUAGUUGCUGAGAGGGGACCAUGGAGUUCCUUGUCUAGAUGGGCGUUAGAAUCAUACCUAAAAGGUGAAGUGGGGAAGGCUUUCCUAUUAUACUCAAGGAUGGCAGAGUUAGGAUACGAGGUAGCACAAAGUAAUGCAGCCUGGAUUCUCGAUAAAUAUGGUGAAUUGAGCAUGUGCAUGGGUGAAUCGGGGUUAUGCACGGAUGCUGAGAGGCAUCAACGUGCACAUUCUUUAUGGUGGCAAGCCUCUGAGCAGGGUAAUGAGCAUGCUGCUUUGCUAAUUGGAGAUGCAUAUUAUUAUGGCCGGGGUACUGAGAGAGAUUAUGACCGUGCAGCGGAUGCUUAUAUGCAUGCGAAGUCACAGUCGAAUGCUCAGGCAAUGUUUAACUUGGGAUACAUGCAUGAGCAUGGCCAAGGACUUCCUUUGGAUCUCCAUCUUGCCAAGCGUUACUAUGAUCAAGCUCUCGAAAUUGACUCGACUGCAAAGUUACCAGUAAUGCUUGCUCUUGCUAGCUUGUGGGUACGAAGAAACUACGCCAACAGUUUCUUGGUUGAUUUAAUAGAUUCUCUACCGGAUGUUUACCCAAAAGUAGAUAACUGGAUAAAGAAUGUUGUGAUGGAAGAAGGAAACGCAACCAUUCUCACCCUUUUCGUGUGCCUGUUGACAGUCCUUUACCUACGUGAGCGGCAACGUCGGCAGGCAGUACCUGCUGCGGGGUUGGCUCCUCCUCCAGGGCCUAACGAUAACAUUAUUAAUUAAGUUCUAAAUUGUAAAAAGACUCGUGUUUUUUUGGGUGUGGAAUUGUUCAUGGGAGGGUUUUAGCAGCUGGUAGAGUGUACGUUACCCACAGGAUAUAUACUAAAAAUGUUCCAAUGUCAAGUGAGAAAACGCCAUGCAUGGAAUUGUCUUGUCUAAAUAUCUUAGACUGUAAAUGUAUUGUUUAUUUAGAUUAUUGAGACUUAUAGAUAGAUGAUAAAUACUCUAAUUAAAUUUACCCAGGAGGUGUUUGUAUGCAAUACAGCCCUUUUUUUUUUUA